AUGGACAGGCCCCGGGCCCCGGUCCUGCUCUUGGUGCUGCUGACACUCUGCAUCACUGCUGGGACCCCUGAAGUGUGGGUGCAAGUUCAGAUGGAGGCCACCAAGUCUCCGUCCUUCACUGUCCGCUGUGGAUUCCUGGGAUCUGGCUCUGUCUCCCUAGUGACCGUGAGCUCUGGGGGGCCUGAUGGUGCCAGAGGGACUAGGCUGGCUGUUUUGCACCCAGAAUUCGGCAUCCAGCAGUGGCCCCCUGCCUGCCAGGCCCAUUGGGAAACCAAAACCAGCAUCUCCCUCACCGUGGAAGAAGGGUCUGAGGGGAGAAGCCCCAGUCCCAACACCACCUUCUGCUGCAAGUUUGUUUCCUUUCCUGAGGGCUCCCAGGAGGCCUGUGGGAACCUCUUCCUCAGCACAGACCAAGGGCUCCCUGCCCCUACUCCAGCUCCCAUACUGCGGGCUGACCUGGCCGGGAUCUUUGGGGUGUCAGGGGUCCUCCUCUUUGGCUGUGUUUACCUCCUCCACCUCCUGCAUCGGCAGAGGCACUGGUCUGUCAUGAAGGUCCAGCCCCGCCUCGCCAGUCCCCAGACACAGGCGCGAGCAAGGGGGGCUGGUCAAGCCUCCCUGGGCUCUCUCCAGGCCCCCUACACCACCGUCAACACCACCGUCAACACCACCGUCAACACCAGCUGCUAUGGCCCGGCAACUCUGGACACGGUCCUCCCGCCCCGGCCACUGUCCCGGCGGGCGGCACUGCCCGCCCACACAGCCUGCCAGCCCCAGCCGCCUGCCCGCUGGGCACCCCUGCCAGCCUCAGCACGCGACAGUUUCAUCUCCGUGGAGAAUGGACUUUAUGCUCAGGCGGGAGAGAGGCCUUUCCAAGCCGGCCCCAACCUCGUCCCUUUCCCGGACUCUCUGGGGCACAGAGUCAUGGAGGGGCAUUUAGGAGUUCGAUGA